UCAAAAGACUUCCGUCUUCUCACCCUCUGUUUGCUUCUAGUUAAUGCCCUCAAUCAUUACGUUUCUACCUUUAAACAUUUCUUGCACCAAAUCUCUUUCUCCUUCAUUCAUUCACUCCCUCAGUCCCUUCAACUCUCUCUCUCUCAUUGUUUGCUUUGUGAGAAAACAUUGAAGCAGUCCAUAGAAAUCUUUUCUCUUCUCCGUCAUCGUUUUUUUUCUCUAGUUGGUUACAUUUGUCAGAGCUUUCAUGGAGGCUCAAAGCCAAGACAAACAGAAACCCAAUUCAGAUCAACUAGUCCUCUUCAUGAAUGAACCAAACUUAAAACACAAAGAAUCGCCACCUCAAGUAGUAGAUAAUAACCUUACUGAUCCAGUCUCACAGUCCCCUGCAAAAGCCAAAACUCUUCGCCGUCUCAACUUCUCCAAACCAAAAGCUCGUUUUGCUGAAAACACCUAUCCUCUAACUCCCAAAACCAUCCAUGAAUCCGAAGAAAACAAACCUUCAUACCCUCAUGAUGACACCUCGUCCACGGACUCCGAUGACGAGUGGUUCGAAAACGAAGGAGAAGAUGAUGAAGAUGGUAAUGGAGAUGCUAAACAAGCCAAGUUUAGAGGAAGAAGAAGGAAAAGAAAGAUCAACAAGAGAGCCUUAAUUGAGUUCUUUUUGUUUGUCACUAUCAUGACUUGCUUAAUCUGUUCUCUAACUCUUCAAUCUCUCAAACACCAACUUACCUGGGGUUUAGAGCUAUGGAAAUGGUGUCUGAUGAUCAUGGUUUUGUUUUGUGGACGUUUGGUCUCAGCUUGGGUUGUGGGGUUCCUGGUUUUCCUCAUAGAACGAAAUUUCAUGCUUCGGGAAAAGGUUUUAUAUUUCGUUUAUGGAUUACGGAAAAGCUUUCAAAAUUGUGCUUGGUUAGGCUUAGUUCUUAUAUGUUGGAUGAUCAUGUUCCCUGAUAUUCACAAGCAGAACAUUGUGGUAAAAAAGGCAUUCCUUGGUCUUAUAGCUGUUCUUAUCGGAGCCACGAUAUGGUUACUAAAGAUCGUCCUGGUCAAGGUUCUAGCCUCAUCUUUUCACGUAGCAACCUUCUUUGAUCGCAUGCAAGAGUGCGUUUUCCACCAUUACAUCCUCGAUGCACUAUCAGGGCCUCCUUUAGACGAAGCUGAGAGGGAAUUGCCUCAAAAACGAGGGCUGAGGCACGCUAAAACUAUGCCCGCGAGGCUGAGGGAAGGCGGCGGAGGCACGGUCAGAACGUUGUCGAAGAAGGGGUCGAGAAGGAUUGACAUGGAGAAGCUGAGGAAGCUCAGUUUGGAAAGUAGGGCUAGUGCAUGGAGCGUGAAGAGGCUGGUGAACUACGUCAAGUCCUCAGGGUUGUCGACGAUUUCGAGGACGGUCGAUGAUUUCGGGGCUGGGGAGUCGGAGAUUAACAGUGAGUGGGAGGCUCGGACAUGUGCUCAGAAGAUUUUCAAGAAUGUAGCCAAGCCUGGGGCCAAGUAUAUAGACGAGGAAGACCUACUGAGGUUCUUGAUUAGUGAGGAAGUGCAUACCAUAGUUCCUCUCUUUGAAGGAGCCCUCGAGACUGGGAAGAUCUCAAAAUCUUCCUUCAGAAAUUGGGUGGUACAUGCAUAUGUGGAGCGUAAAGCCUUGGCUCAUUCCUUGAACGAUACCAAAACUGCAGUGCAACAGCUACACAGAUUAGCCAGUGCAAUUGUUAGUGUCAUUAUAAUUGUGGUUUCCCUUCUCGUAAUGGGGGUUGCCACAAUUAAGGUUGUCUUUGUUGUUACAUCUCAGUUGCUACUUGUUGGAUUCAUGUUCCAAAAUACCUGCAAAACCAUCUUCGAAUCCAUUAUAUUUGUGUUCGUUAUGCACCCUUUUGAUGUUGGUGAUCGUUGUGUCAUUGAUGAUGUUCAGAUGAUUGUGGAAGAGAUGAACAUUUUAACAACUGUCUUCUUAAGAUAUGACAUGGAGAAGAUAUACUACCCUAAUUCUGUUCUUAUUACAAAGCCUAUCAGCAACUUCAGAAGAAGUCCUGACAUGGGAGACAGUGUUGAUUUCACCAUUGAUUUCUCAACUCCUGCUGAAGAUAUCAAUGCUCUCAAGAAAGCUAUACAAUUGUAUAUUGAGAGCAAGCCAAAGUAUUGGAGUCCAAAACACACCGUGAUAUUCAAGGCGAUUGAGAAUAUGGACAAGAUGAAGCUGGUUCUUUGUGUUCAGCACACCAUGAACCAUCAAAACUAUGGUGAAAAGAGCGCUCGUAGAUCAGAGCUUGUCUUUGAAUUGAAGAAGAUUUUUGAGACUCUUAAUAUUAAGUAUCAUCUCCUGCCUCAAGAGGUUCAUCUCACACAGGUUAACAUCCCCAAUGGGAGAAUGGUGUUAUAAUAUUCCUGAUACAUAUCCAUUUUGCUAAGACUGCAAAAGAAACAAUUUUCCCUUUACAUGUAAUGCCUUAAGGAGGUUUGUUCGUAUAAAGGUUGUGCCCACUGUCCUUGCAUC